AUCCAAAAUCAAAACAUUUUAUUUUUCCGAAUUUGAAUUUUGAAUACAUAAAGGUUAAGAAAUUUAACAAUUUUUGUAUUUAUUUUCAAAAGUUUGUGUUAUGAGCAGGUCCAAUUAACACAUUAUUAUUGCUGAUAUUUCAGUCUUCGUGGAAAGAACGUUUCUUAUUCCACAUCUACAAAACAAUUGUAUGGAAAAAGGGAAGCAUGUUCAAAGGAUAAUGACUAUUUUCAUAUGCGUGCACAUGUAUUCAAAACAAUAUUUAAAUAUAUAAAUAAAAAGACAUCAUUUGAACAAAAAAUCAAUUUACCUAAAUCGAGGACUUCCAAAAAAUCAUUUUACCAAAAUAGCUUCAUGCGUGGCAAUAAUUAAGGAACAUGGAUGAUUAUUACAGCUAUGAUUAUGAAACUUUCGAUACAUCUGAUACAGAUGACUAUGAUGAAAUGCUUAUGAAAAUGCAAUAUGAAGAAAACUUAUCAGAACUUUGGGGCAAUUGCAUUGAACCUUCAAUUACCCAAAUUAUGCAAUACAUUAUUAAGCUGGUAGGAAUAAACUUUUUAUGCCGUUUUGGAUGGAUUGUUUUAUCAUUUUGUCACAUUCCUAAUGGGGAACAUUUAAUCUCAUUUUUAAGCGGAUGGACAGUUCUAUACUUAGUUAUUGGUUAUGGUUACAUUUAUCUAUUAUCAUUCGGUGUUAUCAGUUAUAUUUUAUUGAAGUUUUUAAUAAAUUUCUUCAAGCCAUCAAAAAAAAGUGUAAAAUCGAAUGCUCAAAAUUUUAUAUCGGACGCAGCAAGUGCAGUAGCCCUAAAUGAAAACGAUAUUAAAAACAAAAUUGGAUAUUCUUUAGGUCUAAUUUGUAUAAUUGGGCUAAUAAUUUGUGAAAUUAGUCAAAGCAAUAUUAAUUUAUGGCACCAAAUACGUGGCAUUCAAAUGAUUUUAACAAUGAAAGCAACUUCACUGGCUUUCGAUUUAGACUCAAAAAAGAUAAUUAAAUGUCCAGGAAUAUUGGAAUAUUUUGGGUAUUUGUUUUGUCCAGCGAAUUGUGUUCUUGGUCCAUGGAUUCCAUACGAAGAAUACCAAGCAAUUUUUAAAGGAUCAAAAUUUAAUAUUAAGUGGAUAUUUUGGACUCUAACAAACAUUGUAGCUUCGCUAAUAUUUUUACUAUUGUCAAAUUGUUUUAUAUCUUUGUUGGCACCAAGUAUAACUUGGAAAUGGUUUUCAGCUUAUAAAGAUGCAUUCUCUUUCAGAAAUAGUCAUUAUUUUGUUUCAUUUCUUUCUCAAGCCACCAUGACAGCCGCAGGUUUUGUUAAUCCUAUUUCGAAUCGAAAUUAUGAAAUAUCUCCAAUCUUUGGUUAUAUAGUGACAAAACCAUGGACGAUUGAACUACCAAAAUCACUAGUUCAAAUUGUUGUUAACUGGAAUAUACCAAUGCAUCGUUGGUUAAAAACAUAUGUUUUCAAAGUAAUUAAACCCCACAGUACUGCCUUAGCUAUAUUUAUAACUUAUCUAGUAUCUUCUCUACUGCAUGGUCUAAAUUUACAAUUAUAUGCUGUUCUUCUAUCACUUGGAUUUUAUACUUUUGUAGAAUACAAAUUGCGACAAAAAUUAGCCAACAUAUUUAAUGCAUGCAUCUCAUCAACAGACUGUAAACGUAUUUGCCUUCAUGAAAAUAAAUGGUGUACACCCAUUUGCCUAGUUAUUAACAUAUUUUUAAGUUUGAUAACGGUCAUGCAUUUAAGUUAUUUGGGAGUAAUGUUCGAAGCAUCAACUUCAAUCCAGGAACAAGGAUAUUCAAUUGAGCAUGCUUUAAAUAAAUGGAAAUCUCUUGAUUUUUUGUCUCAUUGGACUAUGUUGUUCUCUUAUAUAUUUUAUUUGAUAAUUUAAAAAAGCAUUUUCUUUUAUAAUGAAAUAAGUUCUUCCUAUAUUAGGAAUUUAUCUCUACUACGAGUACUUAAGAAUUACAAAACCGAAAGUAUUUUAUUUGCUAAGAAAAUUAGGUCUUCAAA